AGUUGCUCAGUGUCGGAGUCUGGCUCGACCCGGCAGUCGGCCUCGGGCUCUCUCGCAUCUUCUCUCGGAGCUGACCGAGCGCUCCGGAACCCGCGGCCUGGGGCGCCGGGGUCCCCUCCACGUCUAGUCCCCGCCGGGCCUAGUGCGAGCGCCGCGCCGCGCGCCAUGGGGUUGCCCUGAGGGACGGCUGCGUCGAAGCGGCAUGCAGCGGCCGCCGCGGGUGUAGACCCCCGCAACGGGUUAGACCCCACCGCGGCCUGGGGACGCCGGCAGGGCCCCGAGGCGCCCCCGGAGCCGAGGCCAGAGCGGUCCUCGCGCGCAGCCCCAGCCCGCCCUGCCGCCAGCCCUCACCAUGCCUUGGCCAUUUUCAGAGUCUAUCAAGAAGAGGGCCUGUCGGUACCUCCUGCAGCGGUACCUGGGCCACUUCCUGCAGGAGAAGCUGAGCCUGGAGCAGCUCAGCCUGGACCUGUACCAGGGCACCGGCUCCCUCGCCCAGGUCCCCUUGGACAAAUGGUGUCUCAAUGAAAUCCUGGAGUCAGCAGAUGCACCUUUAGAAGUCACUGAAGGAUUCAUUCAGUCCAUUUCUCUGUCGGUUCCAUGGGGCUCCUUGCUGCAGGAUAAUUGCGCACUGGAAGUGAGAGGGUUAGAAAUGGUUCUCCGACCUAGACCUCGGAUAGCAACUGGCUCUGAGCCCAUGUGCUGGUCAAGUUUCAUGACCAGCAGCAUGCAGCUAGCGAAGGAGUGUCUCAGCCAGAAGCUGACAGAUGAGCAUGGAGAGGGCUCCCAGCCUUUUGAAGGACUGGAAAAAUUCGCUGAAACCAUUGAAACAGUACUAAGAAGAGUAAAAGUCACUUUCAUAGAUACCGUUUUGAGAAUUGAACAUGUGCCCGAAAAUUCCAAAACUGGAACUGCACUUGAAAUUCGAAUAGAAAGAACUGUCUACUGUGAUGAAACUGCUGAUGAAUCCUCAGGAAUUAAUGUACAUCAGCCCACAGCUUUUGCCCAUAAGUUGCUUCAGCUCUCUGGAGUGUCUCUCUUCUGGGAUGAGUUUUCUGCUUCGACAAAGUCUUCCCCAGUGUGUUCAACUGCACCAGUGGAAACUGAGCCAAAACUCUCACCUAGCUGGAACCCCAAAAUUGUUUAUGAGCCACACCCACAACUAACUAGAAGUUUACCAGAGAUAGCACCCUCUGACCCAGUGCAGAUCGGAGGGUUAAUCGGCAGGCUGGAGUUGAGCCUCACACUGAAGCAGAAUGAAGUUCUUCCUGGCGCUAAGUUGGAUGUUGAUGGACAGAUAGACUCCGUUCAUCUGUUCCUGUCGCCAAGACAGGUACAUUUGCUUUUGGAUAUGUUAGCAGCUAUUGCUGGACCAGAAAAUUCUAGCAAAAUAGGGUUAGCUAAUAAAGACAGGAAAAGCCGCCCCAUGCAGCAGGAGGAUGAGUACCGAGUUCAGAUGGAGCUAAACCGGUACUAUCUGAGAAAAGAUUCCCUCUCGAUGGGUGUGUCUUCAGAGAAGAGCUUUUAUGAGACAGAAACGGCUCGUACACCUUCUAGCCGUGAAGAAGAAGUCUUCUUUUCCAUGGCUGAUAUGGACAUGUCGCAUAGUCUCUCUUCUCUCCCACCCCUUGGGGACCCCCCACACAUGGACCUGGAGUUAUCACUAACGAGUACAUAUACCAGUACACCAGCAGGAUCUCCAUUGAGCGCUACUGUGCUUCAGCCAACUUGGGGAGAGUUCCCUGAUCAUAAAGAGCAGCCGGUAAGAGGGUCAGCGUUCCCACCUAACCUGGUUCACCCAGCACCUUUACAGAAGGCUGCUCUCCCAUCCAGGUCUGUCUCAGUGGAUGAAUCCAGGCCUGAGCUUAUUUGUAGACUGGCUGUUGGAAGCUUUUCCAUCUCUGUGCUUCACAUUGAUCCUCUGUCUCCCCCUGAAACAUCUCUGAACCUCAAUCCAUUGACACCUAUGGCCAUAGCUUUCUUCACAUGUAUGGAAAAGAUUGAUCCAGCAAGAUUUUCAACAGAGGAUUUUAAGUCUUUCCGAGCAGUAUUUGCAGAAGCUUGUUCACACGAUCACCUUAGAUUUAUAGGUACUGGCAUCAAAGUGUCCUAUGAGCAGAGGCAAAGAUCAGCUUCCCGGCACUUUAGCACCGACAUGUCCAUUGGGCAGAUGGAGUUUUUGGAAUGUCUGUUUCCAACAGAUUUUCAUUCUUCUCCUCCUCAUUAUACAGAGCUCCUGACCUUCCAUUGCAAAGAAGGAACUGAUGCCCACUCGCCCGUGUGUCUUCAGCUUCACUAUAAACAUUUUGAGACGAGAGGGCCCCAGGGUAAUCAAGCAAGACUUAGUUCAGUUCCUCAGAAGGCAGAAUUACAAAUUAAAUUAAAUCCAGUAUGUUGUGAGCUGGAUAUCAGUAUCGUGGACAGGUUAAAUUCCUUGCUUCAGCCACAGAAACUUACUACUGUAGAGAUGAUGGCCUCUCACAUGUACACUUCGUAUAAUAAGCAUAUUAGUCUGCACAAGGCUUUCACUGAAGUAUUUCUAGACGACUCACACAGUCCUGCAAAUUGUCGGGUGACAGUACAAGUUGCCACCCCAGCGUUACAUCUUUCUGUUCGCUUCCCCAUACCUGAUCUUCGGUCUGAUCAGGAAAGAGGACCCUGGUUUAAGAAGUCUCUGCAGAAGGAGAUCCUACACUUAACAUUCACAGAUCUGGAGUUUAAGACAGAGUUUGUUGGCGGAUCCACUCCAGAGCAGAUUAAACUGGAACUGACUCUUAGGGAACUAGCAGGGUCGUUCCAGGAGGAGAAAGGAGAACCGUCUAUUAAGUUUUUCCAUGUGUCUGGUGGAGUAGAUGGAGAUACAACAUCAUCAGAUGACUUUGACUGGCCACGAAUGGUUCUGAAGAUAAACCCACCAGCCAUGCACUCCAUUUUGGAGAGAAUAGCAGCUGCGGAGGAGGAGGAAGAGAACGAUGGCCCCUACCAGGAAGAGGAGGAAGGAGGUGCUCAUUCCCUGAAAGAUGUCUGUGACUUGAGGAGACCAGCCCCAUCUCCUUUUUCUUCUCGUAGAGUAAUGUUUGAAAAUGAACAGAUGGUGAUGCCAGGAGACCCCAUAGAAAUGACGGAGUUUCAAGAUAAAGCCAUUAGCAAUUCUCACUAUGUGCUGGAACUUCUGUUACCAAAUAUUCACAUGACACUACCUAGUAAAAGCUUUUAUGAGAAACUUUAUAAUAGGGUCUUUAAUGACUUGCUUCUCUGGGAGCCAACAGCUCCUUCACCAGUGGAGACAUUUGAAAAUAUUUCCUAUGGCAUUGGGCUUUCAGUAGCCAGUCAACUGAUUAAUACCUUCAACAAAGAUAGUUUUAGUCCAUUUAAAUCUACAGUUCACUAUGAUGAAGAAAGUGGAUCUGAAGAAGAGACUUUGCAGUAUUUUUCUGCUGUUGAUCCCAACUAUCGUUCCCGUAGGAAAAAAAAAAUGGACUCUCAGAACAAGAACUCUCAGAGCUUCCUCUCAGUCCUUCUGAAUAUUAAUCGUGGAUUGAUGGCCGUGCUCACAGAUGUGAAGCAAGAUAAUGGCGAUCUGUUGGAAGGCAAGCAUGGUGAAUUCUGGUUGGAAUUCAGUAGUGGCUCAUUGUUUUGUGUGAGCAGACAUGAAGGCUUUGAUGACAAGCACUACAUUUGCCUUCACUGUGGCAGUCUCAGUCUGCACCACAAAGGCAUAGUAGAUGGAGCGAUUCUUCCUACAGAAGCACGACUGCCCUGCUCAACCCGCCCACAUUGGUUGGAGCCUACUGUUUAUUCCUCUGGAGAAGAUGGCCUCAGCAGAGCUGCUUCUGAUGGCGUCGGGGGAGACAAUUUGACUAUGCUCUCAGUCGCUGUGAGAAUACUGUCUGAUAAAGCAGAGUCCAACACAAAGGAGUUCCUUAUUGCUGUGGGACUGAAAGGAGCCACUCUGCAGCACAGAAUGCUUCCUGCUGGGCUCAGCUGGCACGAGCAGAUUUUAUACUUCUUGAAUAUUGCUGAUGAACCUGUUUUGGGAUAUAACCCUCCAACUUCAUUUACAACUUUUCAUGUUCAUCUUUGGGGCUGUGCACUUGAUUACAGGCCCCUGUAUCUGCCGAUGCGCUCUCUCCUUACUGUUGAAGCCUUCAGUAUUUCCAGCAGUGUGGCACUAGACAAGUCUUCCUCUACUCUCAGAAUAAUAAUGGACGAGGCUGCUUUACAUUUGUCUGACAAAUGUAAUACUGUUGCUAUAAAUCUGAAUAGAGAUUAUGUCCGUGUGAUGGACAUGGGGCUUUUAGAGCUGACCAUUACUGCAGUGAAGUCGGAGUCGGAUAGAGAGCAGACAGAGCCCCGCUUUGAGUUACACUGUUCCAGUGACAGCGUCCACAUCAGAACGUGCUCAGACUCUUGUGCGGCACUGAUGAAUCUCAUUCAGUAUGUUGCAAGCUAUGGGGACUUACAUGCACCCAACAAGGCAGAAAUGAAGCCUGGCGCCCCACAAAGAAAGCCAAAGGCAGAUCCCAGUGGCCGGUCAGCCUCCUGUGGUCCAGUGCUUCCUGAAGCAGAUCAACAGAUUUUACGGGAUCUGAUGAGUGAUGCUAUGAAGGAGAUAGACGCACAGCAAACCUCUUCAUCUGUUAGACCACAGGCCAAUGGUGUCCUCAAUGAAAAGUCUCAAAUUCAGGAGCCGUGCUGUUCAGACCUCUUCCUGUUCCCAGACGAGAGUGGGAAUGUGUCCCAGGAGCCUGGUCCUACCUGUGCAUCAUUCACGCACCGCUUGCUUAGUGACGCAGCGGCAGGCGCAUCCACUGAAAAUGAUGACUUUUGUAUUCUUUUUGCACCAAAAGCAGCUAUCCAGGAGAAGGAAGAAGAACCAGUCAUAAAAAUCAUGGUUAAUGAUGCGAUUGUGAUAAGAGACAAUUAUUUUAGUUUGCCUGUUAAAAGGACAGAUUCAAGCAAAGCCCCAUUACAUUUUCCCAUUCCUGUGAUUCGCUAUGUUGUCAAGGAAGUCUCUCUUGUAUGGCAUCUUUAUGGAGGCAAGGAUUUUGGAACUGUUCCUCCUACUUCUCCAGCUAAGAGUUACAUUAGUCCCCAUUGUUCACCUUCUCACACACCUACCAGACAUGGACGUCAUACUGUCCAUGGGGGAAAGGGAAGGAACCAUGACUUCUUAAUGGAAAUACAGUUAAGCAAGGUGAAGUUUCAGCAUGAAGUCUAUCCCCCGUGCAACCCUGAGUGUGGCUCUAGUCUCAUAGAGCAUCCAGCAUCAAGGCAGGUGUUCAUUGUCCAGGACCUUGAAAUCCGAGAUCGUCUGGCAACAUCACAGAUGAAUAAGUUUUUAUACCUGUAUUGCAGCAAAGAAAUGCCCCGGAAAGCUCAUUCCAACAUGUUGACAAUUAAAGCAUUACAUGUGCGUCCAGAAUCUGGCAGGUCACCACAGGAGUGCUGUUUGAGAGUGUCACUAAUGCCACUUCGCCUCAAUAUUGACCAGGACGCCCUGUUCUUCCUCAAGGAUUUCUUUACAAGUCUGUCUACAGAGGUGGAGCUUCUGCUGACCCCAGAUCCAGAAGUUAAAAAGUCCCCUGGAGCUGACGUCACCUGCAGUUUGCCAAGGCAUUUGAGUACCUCAAAGGAGCCCAAUCUAGUUGUUUCUUUCCCUGGGCCAAAACAACCUUCCUCAAACCAUAGUGCCAAUUCAAUGGAUGGGGCUGAUGGACUGGAGGAAAAGGACUUCUCAGCUGAGGAAGGUUCAUUUAGUGACCAACCUGUAUUUUUUCGAGAGUUCAGAUUCACAUCAGAAGUCCCUAUUCGACUCGAUUACCAUGGCAAGCACGUGUCAAUGGAUCAGGGCACUUUGGCUGGGAUUUUGAUCGGCUUGGCCCAGUUGAACUGCUCUGAGCUAAAGCUGAAGAGGCUCUUCUAUCGGCAUGGUUUGCUAGGUGUUGACAAAUUAGUCUCAUAUGCAAUCACCGAGUGGCUCAACGACAUUAAGAAGAACCAGCUGCCGGGAAUCCUGGGUGGUGUGGGGCCUAUGCAUUCACUGGUUCAGUUAGUGCAAGGCCUGAAGGACUUGGUCUGGCUACCAAUAGAGCAGUACCGGAAAGAUGGCCGCAUCGUCAGAGGAUUCCAGAGAGGUGCUGCCUCCUUUGGCACCUCAACUGCAAUGGCUGCUCUAGAGCUCACAAACAGAAUGGUGCAGACCAUACAGGCAGCAGCAGAAACUGCUUACGACAUGGUGUCUCCUGGUACCCUUCCCAUUGAGCCCAAGAAGGCUAAACGGUUUCCUCAUCACCGCUUAGCCCACCAGCCAGUAGACCUGAGGGAAGGUGUGGCCAAGGCCUACAGUGUUGUGAGAGAGGGAAUUGCAGACACAGCUCAGACCAUUUAUGAAACGGCGGCUCGAGAACACGAGAGCAGAGGGGUGACUGGUGCCGUGGGUGAAGUCCUACGCCAGAUCCCACCAGCUGUGGUCAGACCCCUAAUUGUCGCCACAGAAGCAACAUCGAACGUGUUAGGUGGCAUGAGAAACCAAAUUAGACCAGAUGUUCGGCAGGACGAAUCCCAGAAGUGGCGUCACGGGGAUGAUUGAUGCGUCCAGUGCAACUGCAGAGUGGUGACGAUAAGGGACCUCGUGUUCCACAUGGUCUCACAGAGAACACGCUUCAUUCAUGUGCUCAUCUCAGGAACAAAAGCAGCUUCUAGUUAAAUAACAGUGGCAAAGCAACAUGCAACCAAAACCUUGUGAUGUUUUUAGGGCUAGUUUGGUGCUUGCCUACAGAAAUGUUUGGUGGCUGGUGUCAAGUUGUUACAGCAUUUGCUGCCAAGUGUGAUGCUUACUUUUGUUAAAGUGACUGUAAUUUGUACUUGUUAUCCACAAGGUAUCAUCAGAAACCCAAACCCCCUUUACAGAGCUGAGUGCUGAAAAACACCCAAAAGACCGAUUAGACAAUUAGAGCACUCUUAAGCACUGGGGAGCACCCUUGUAGUUUGGGGGAGUUGAUUGUUCAGCUCAUAGUUUCAAGACUUCUCUUGGGUAGAGAAGCCACAGGGGAGCUUAGCAGCAGGAGUUUCCCAUGUGAAGGCUGAGCCAGGCCUGGCCUGCUGUGCCAACCACCAAGUGUGGCCUGCUCUGCUGACCACCGAGUGUUCAUGCCCUGAGCACAGCAUGCUUUCUGUUCACCUGGAGGGCCUGCUGCAGGCUGGAGCGAGUAAUGAACAUCACAGAUGCCAUCCGCAGCGCUGCACUUUAUCGUGUGUGUGUGUGUGUGUGUGUGUGUGUGUGUGUGUGUGUGUGUGUGUGAACUCAAGUCAUGCUAUAUCUUUAUGUCAUUUACAGAGAUAUAUAAAUAGGAAGAGGAGUAAAAGUUUCUGAAAGUUUCUGGCAAAGGAAAGUAACCUAAAUGUAAUGGCUUCCUUUAUUUUAAGCCUAAGUGAACAUGCUUUCUGUAGUGCCCUGGGCCACCUCAUCAUUCAUGUGUUCAUUUUAAGUAGGUAUCAUGCAAACCAGGUAGGAAUGUGUGGAAAGGAAGACCAGAAGUGAGCUUUAUUCUUUGAAAAUUAAAUAAAAAUACUCCAAAUAUGUCCUAGUCAAUGAAUUCAAAGUACAGUUUUUACUUGGUUAAUAAUGUACAUUUUGAUAACCUGUCAGGAAUGAAUAAAAUAUUUUUAUUUAAAGGUAAAAUUGUUGAAUGCUUCCAUGAAUAUUUUGCUUUUCUUAGAGCAUAUUCAUUGAUGCAAUACUAUGAUUUACCCCAAGAUAUAUAAGAAAUCAAAAUUGAUUGUGUUAGUAGCACUCAGUGUUAAGGAGGGAGAGGGGAGUUGUUUGCAAUACGUGCCUAGAGAGUAGAGCCUGGCAUGGUGGCGCAUGCCUUUAGUCCCAGCACUCAGGAGGCAGUGGCAGAGGCAGGCGGAUCUCUAUGAGUUCGAGGCCAUCCUGGUCUACACAGAAAGUUCCAGGUCAGCUGGGGCAACAGAGAGACCCUGUCUCAAAAAGACACACAAAAAAAACCCUACAGCAAGAGACGGGGAUUUUGUACUCUUCCACUGUUGAAAGUUCCACGAUCUUUUUAGUUUGUGACGUGGUGGGAUGGUGCCAAGGUGAAUUUGGACCCCAUAGCUGUUUACAGUUUGCAGGUGAGAGACUGAAGAGAAGGUUGUUUCGUCUAAAUUUUCUGAACGGGAAAGCAAUGCAACUCCAAACCCAAACUUUAGAAUUUAUGAGAAUAGUGUUAAUGUAGCAUUUAAAUAACUUUAAUUCAUAUUUUUUCUAAGAAACUUAAAAGGACAAUUUUCAGAGUAGCCCCUGUUUGGGCAUCAUGGAACCAUUUGCUGCUCUGUCCUGUUAAAUGGAGCCCAGGCUUGGUGUGGCCCUGAGCAGACACUAUAGCAGUAACAUGUUUAUUGCCAUGGUAGGCUGGCCUCUGUCUGCCCUACUGAAACAGGCUGUGUAUGACUGCCUGCCACACCUGAUGAGACUUCAUCUAAAGUUUCCUGACUCCGUAGUUACCCUUGGGUUCAAGGAGACGUGGCAUGGGUGAAGCCAUGAGCCUCUUCUGGGCCCUUGGAGCUACAUGUAAUCUUUGUCUUUUAACCAGUUAGGUUUGUAAGGCCCACUUACACAAGUGUCUGUGGUGCGUCUCACUCUUUCUCUGUUCUGCCAUCUGCACCUGGCCGUGGGUACUGACUGAUUCAGUCUCCAGGUCUGCUCAUGGUUGGCUCGCAUGAUGCUUGUCAUGCUGUGUCGUUUGCGAGGACCUGUCUGUAUUUGAACACGUUGAAGUUACAUAUCUAUUGUGUUUUCUUUUAAAAUAUGUCUCUUCGGACUUUUGUGAUGACACAGUUGCCACAUCUGCAGUUACCAAGCAGGUGGCUUGCCUUGGCCAAGACAUCUCGCCUCACUUGGCCUAAGUGUUCCCUCUGUAAGUGAUGGGGUUUCUUACAACAAGGCUCAUGGGAAUUUCUGGGUGAUUAGGUCAUGUGAGCAUGUGUGUGAAUAACGGCAUGUGCUCUAGCAUUCAGUGGAGUGCCCAGCCCUAUGGUAUCAGGCUGGUGGGCAGCAUCACAUCGGAACAGCAUUGCAUGGAAGCACUGUGGCCACAUCACACUACGGCAGCGUGGGCAAGUUUAGCUCUCUGGAUGUCUGAACUGGCCUCAUGGCUGUGUGGUUGAAUCUGGGUUAAUACUUCCAACUGGAAUGGAAUGCUCAUGUCUCCUUGUUGCUGCUGGGGUUCUUACGGCGACUCCUCCAGGAGUCAGGCAAGCCUGUUCAAGAUCACCCAGCAGGUUCAGACCCCAGCAGCAUUGCUGAUGUGGAUGACAGCCUUGUGUUACACACUGGGAAGCCAAUAAAGGCCACUGCAGUCUUUCUGCCUUGGAGCCCCCACUCUUUCCUUUCCUGUCUGUCCCUUCAUUGCUGACUUUACAAGUGGAACAUUCAUGGAGCAUUUUCCUUUUAGGAAAGAGAAAACAGAUAUCAGAGCAGUAGGCUUUCAUUUUAAUGAAACUUAGCUAUUAAAUUUGGAUUCCCCCUUGGAAUACAUGUAUUUGUCAUUAAUAUUUUUAUAAUGCAUAAGUCACUUAAAGAAAAAACCAAUUCAUGAGGCAGCAUGCCUGGUAGGAGUGGCGGAGCCCAGCGCUGUCUGUCUCCUGCCUGUGUCUGGGGUGCUGCCUUUCAGCCAUCUCCUCUUAGACCUGUGUUGUGGGUUGGCACCUUGCUCAGCUUCAGAAGAGGUCAAAUAUCUGCAUUCGCUCCAGUGGCGCCUCUCCAGCAUCAAUAGUCCUCCCUGGGUGUCCUAUGACUCACAUCCUUUGGCACCUAUGUGUUCUCAGCAGUGGGAGAGACCACUGGCCAAGUAGAGUUAGAAAUCUACCCUGUGCACAAUGUGUUAGGGUUAGCCAUUGUCUUAAGUGGUAUAGGUGAGAAGUUGCUUGAGAGACUUAAACUGUUCUGCUUCAUGUCAGCCUGUAUGGAGUACAGUUCCCUCAGACUGGGGGGAGGGGCGACACUCUUCGCCUCCCUUCACAUCCCAUCAGGAAUACAGAGUUUUAAAGUUCCUUGAAAGUACUGAGUGAACAGGAGGUGAUUAUCUCAUAUCUGCAAACCCUUCAGCUGGCCAUACCACUUGGCAUCAAAUACAGUCAAUCAAAUAAGCAUGUUUGAGUCUUAGGUUAGUAUGUAGAAGCUUGUUUUCUUUGCUAUCAGGAAAUCUUGGUUUACUGGAGUUUUCAGUCACUAUUCUUACGAGAACACUAGUAUGUCAUGUACCAACCUACUUUAUCUAGACAUUUUCAGGAUCAUGCUGGGCACACUGGCUCUUUAAGAGAGAAUUACAGGCAUGGUUCCAAGUUGACCAGUGUUGCUCAGAAAUUAUUUUCCUUUCAGAGACAGAAAAAUACAUUCCCAUGCACUACCCCGAUAGGCUUCUUUGGGCUUGAGAAAUCUGACUCAGCAUUUUGUAUUUGAAUUUUAGCAGUUUCUGUAAGCAUAGGCGUCGCAGGCCUAUCUUGGCCUCUUCCCACCACCACCACUACUGGGCCCUUGGGUCCAGCACUGCCUAUCUGCCACGUGUUAGCUAUGAGUGUGUUGUCAGCUAUUCUGUCACACCUGACACCCCUCCCCUCACAAAGAUGUUUACUCUGCUGCCUCACGUCUACUUUGCAUAUAUGAAAUGGCAGCUGCCAACCUCUGGUUGGAUUUGUCCUCUCAUUUGUGUAACCUGCUGGUCCCAUGGGACUCCCUGCUUUUUCAUGGAGAGGUUUUGUAGGGUUCAAAGCUUAGCUUCUCUGUGGUCCUCCUGGCCUGUUUCAGAUGUUAGAUAACCUCACCACAAGUGUGAGGACCUCUGUGUAUUGCCACUGUCCUGAGGACCUCUGUGUAUUGCCACUGUCCUGUUAUGUGUCCUAACUUUCCUAAUUGCGCCAACUGUGGAUGUGAAUACUUUAAGAACAUUUCAUCUGUACACGUAUUUUUGUGAAAUUGUAACUUGUUAGUGUGACUAUUUAAAAUAUUAUGACAUUAAGAAUACUCUUGAAGAAAAUUAAAAUAUUUACUCUUUGAAUGUUGCUUUAAACCCUAAGAAUCAUCUGUCACCGAGAACCCCUUCCUGACCUGUUCAAUCCGCUUCUGGGGUGGGUAGGCCUGUACAGGGGACUCUUACUGGCAGUGCUGGCCACCAUCUAAUGGCAAGUUAAGUUUUUAUCUGCUACCUGUUUCUCAGUUGAAUGCAUGUAAUGUUAAAAUGGGCCAUUCCUGCUCCUUUGGGGUACUAAUAAUCCUACAGUGUGAACUUGUGGCAGAUACCUCUUCAGUAUUGGUUUUAGGGAUGUAAAUAAAGGCUUGGUAAAUCUCUUUAGAGGAAAAUGUAAGGCAUUUAAAAAGACAGAUUAAAGGAAGUUUUGAUGUGAUAUGUCAUCACUCUGUAACCAUCACUUUGGCCAUCAGGUGAAAGUGACCAGUCAGACAUCAUACAUGGCUCUUGAAGAGGGAAGAGGCAUCUGUAAGAUGUGCAGACAUGAGCCACACUUCGCAGGG